CAGCUCCGCCCGGGCGCAGUCGGGCCCAGCCCAGCCGAGCCGCGCAGCCGGACCGGGAGCGGCGCGGGCGGGCCGGUCAUGGCCGACGACUUCGGCUUCUUUUCCUCAUCCGAGGGCGCUGGCGCCGAGGAGGACCCGGCCGCCGCCUUUCUGGCCCAGCAGGAGAGCGAGAUCGCGGGCAUCGAGAACGAUGAGGGCUUCGGGCCGACCGACGGCGAGGCGGCCGCCGCCCCGGGCGGGCAGGCGGCCCCGCCGGAACAGGGUUUCCAGAAUGGAGGAGCCACUGUCAAUGGAGAUGUCUUUCAGGAGUCCAACGGCCCCACGGAUGCCUACGCAGCCAUAGCCAAGGCCGACCGGCUGACCCAGGAGCCCGAGAGCAUCCGCAAGUGGAGGGAGGAGCAGAAGAAGCGCCUGGAGGAGCUGGAUGCGGCAUCGAAGGUGACUGAGCAGGAAUGGCGUGAGAAGGCCAAGAAGGACCUGGAGGAGUGGAACCUGCGUCAGAAUGAGCAGAUGGAGAAGAACCGAGCAAACAACAGGAUCGCUGACAAAGCCUUUUACCAGCAGCCGGACGCCGAUGUCAUUGGCUACGUGGCCUCGGAGGAAGCAUUCCUGAAGGAGUCCAAGGAGGAGACCCCAGGCUCUGAGUGGGAGAAGGUGGCCCAGCUGUGUGACUUCAACCCCAAGAGCAGCAAGCAGAGCAAGGAUGUCUCGCGGAUGCGCUCGGUGCUCAUCUCCCUCAAACAGACGCCCCUGUCCCGUUAGCUGUGCCUGGCACAGCCGGGAGCACAGCGGGCAUGGCUGGGCUCACUGAGCCAGGUGGCUUCAGGGGCCGGCCCAGGAAGGGCCUCCCACCCCCUGCUCCGUGAUCUGCGCCUCGGCUGUGCUCGAGUCACUGGUUGUAUAACUCUCCCCAUGGUUUUCCUUUGCUUAAAAGGUGCAUUGGUCUCUUUUUACACUUAUUUAUAAAUCACUGUGGCAUUUCCCCGGGAAGCGGCACUGGGUGGCAGAGCUGAGUUAGUGGGGAAGCCCCAGCCCAGGCUCUUCAGGAGUUUAUGUCCGAGGGCCUGGCUAAAUGAGCAGAAAAUAUCCCAUCUUGUGUUCCCCACUUCAGCCCUGUGCUGGGAAUAAACCUGCCUGCAGCUGUCCUGGAAGCCCCAUGUAUAGGUUUCAGUCCCGAUCCCAAUGGGAUCCCAGGCUGCUGUCUGCCUUUCCCAUGGGAUUUAGAGCAGAGCUGGAGCAGGGUUGGGAGGGUGGAGAAACAGCCCUGGCUUGUCUCCACACUGCUGGGUCCUGCAGGGAGCAUGGCUGCAGCAUGGCAUUGCCAGACUGGCAGGGACUGAGGAAUGUGAGUACAGGUGUCCAGGUUGGGCCUGGACUACCAGUGGCUGCCCCAAGCCCAGCAGAACUCUGCCCAGCCUGGCUGUGCCCUGAAACGUUGGUGCAGUUCCAGUGUCCAUGUCCCCUCCAUCCUGCAGUGCUGGCAGCACAGUGGUGUGGGCCACUGGGAAGGGA